UUAGGUGCAUUUUCAAGGUAAACGUAUGAAUAACAUUGAAGAGUAGGAAGUGUCAUGUGUAUAACUAUACACGUACAUCGGUAACAUCGUGAUUAAUCUAAACCAACCUAAACGUAAAGUAAACAAAACAUUCUUUGACAAUUAUGGCAAGGUAUUCUAGUGAAUCAGAUUCCGAUCACAAUAGCAGGUAUCGAAGAAGACGUAGUAGGAGAUCUAGAUCAUCUAGUUCAGAUUCCAGUGAUUCAUCUUCUCACAGAAGAAGAUCAUCUAAACAUUCGAAAACAAAACGUAGAUAUCGUUCGCAUUCUAGAAGCCGAGGUAGAGACAGAGAUCACAGUCAAAAAAGUUACAGAGGUUCUAGAAACAGUAGCUCGAAAGGUAGAGAAAGACAUAGAUAUCAUUCUAAGUCGCGUUCGUCCGAUCGCUCAAAAAGGAAGGCUAGGUCUGCUUCAAGAGAAAAAUCAGGUAGCCGUUCGAGUAGUUCACAGUCAAAUGUGAAAACUAACGUACCUGAGAAGCCUAAGAAUGUAGUAAUAAAAGACGAUUUUCCAAUAGAGCCACGUUUUAAAGAGGGAGUUUUAGAUGAAAUAAAUUCUGAAGGUUUUGCACCUAAGCAAUUUGUAUCAUCUAAUGCAAAGGAAAAGAAAUUUAAAAAUAUUGUUAUAGAUAUUACUGCAGACACUAUACAAGUUCCAACAGUGGCUGAUGUUCCUUCUGGGUCUGAGAGUGUUUUUCAUUCAUCGAUAAUGCUUGAUCAAGAAGCAAGGUUUGACAAAUGGGUGAAAAAGUUGUAUACCCUCAGGCAGAAAGCUAUAGUAGAUUUAAUACAUUCAAAUGUCAUUUAAUAGCUGAAUAAUUUUAUCGUAUUUUAUCAAAGAUACAUAAUAAAUAAUUGUUAUUUAAACUUGCAUAAUAAUGUAUAUAAUUUAAAUAUUAAAUGCUGUUUCUUACUUCAGCUGUAUGAAAAGUUAGGUUAAGAAAUAAAGGAAACAUGAGAAAUAUGUUACU